AUGUGGAGCAGUUACGAGCUUCCAAACGAGCAAAAACCAGAGGUUUCACGGGAAAGGGAGAAUGAUUCCAAUAAUGCCGACUCGGAGAAUGAAGAGCCGUUGAUGGAACGUGGAAACUUUUUGAUACCAUCGGAGAGCAAAGCACCUCCACAACGUCCUGUUUCCAGUGCAGAUGAUCUUCAAGGAUUGAUGUACCGCAAGAUUUUACCGGCUUCAAGUCCGGAGCCUGUAUCUGACCAGCAUCGAGAUAUUCUGGAAGGGCAGGCGUCUACCACGAGUCAAAACUCACGAACCCCGUUGAAAGAAAGCAUGCAACAGGUUCUUGCUGCCACAAAUGAAAAGCGUUUGCGCCUCGAUGCGUAUGAUGGAGUCAUAUACUCGUCGCAAGCUGUGCGCGAUACAAUGUCUGCUAUCGAAGCUCUGAAGCGCGGCAAUUAUGAUCACGCUAUCAUUGCUCAGGCGACAGAGAGCAUGGACGCUAUCGUGCAGGUCUGGCUUCGAGAGCUGAACAAGGCCGGGCAAGCAAGAGUACCAUAG